AUGCACAUUGACAGGGCAGCCAGUCUAAUUUUGUCGAAGAUGCAUCGCCAAGAGUUUAACGAAGCGGUCUACUACGAGUUUAUCAGAUCCGAUAUCGUACUACGCGUCAAAGUCACUUACGACAGUUUGAAUCGCAUGGUAGGAUUGGACAUCUACUCGCUAUGGCAUAUUGCUAAUCGCAUGACAGUACGGCUGCACAUUUUGGGAUGUCAUAUAUUCCGUUUUUUUUGCUCAAUCAGGUCAUUCUUACCGGUAUCUAAAAGUGCUUUCUCAGUAUCAGCAUGGCUGCUGUGCUUUACGUGUUUUCAACAGGGUGCUUAGCGUAAAAGGUAUUAAUGAUAUUAUAGUUGUUGCCUGUUGUGUUCUGUUUUUGAUUUUGUAUCAUGUCGUUCUGUAAGUCUUUGGAUAAUAAAUCUGCC